GACGAACCACACAGCUGUGGCCGUGCCGAGACAGCCCACACCCGCUGCCUACAAAGUGAGUAUAAACUCGCCGCGCACCACCCGUUGCUCGCCGUCCCCGUCCCCUUCCUUCGACUUCGAGCGUCCUCUGCGACACUGCAGUGACUGCCUCCGUGUGCGGGUAGUGUCUGAGAGCGGGGAUGGCGACGCACUUCGUGCUCAACACCGGCGCUAAGAUCCCCUCCGUGGGGCUCGGCACCUGGCAGUCCGACCCCGGCGUCGUCGGCGAGGCCGUCUACGCCGCCGUCAAGGCCGGGUACCGCCACAUCGACUGCGCCAGGGCCUACAACAACGAGAAGGAGGUGGGUUUGGCACUGAAGAAGCUAUUUGAAGAGGGUGUAGUCAAGCGUGAGGAUCUGUUUAUCACCUCUAAGCUAUGGUGUGGUCAUCAUGCCCCAGAAGAUGUGCCUGAGGCACUUGGGGAUUCCCUCAAUGACUUGCAGCUUGACUACUUGGAUCUUUACCUUAUCCACUGGCCAUUUAAAAUCAAGAAGGGAACAAGCAUUGGCAACCCUGAAAACUUCUUACCACCUGACAUCCCAGCUACAUGGGGAGCAAUGGAGAAGUUGCAUGAUGCUGGCAAAGCUCGUGCAAUUGGUGUGAGUAAUUUCUCAUCGAAGAAAUUGGGUGACUUGCUUGCUGUAGCCCGCGUACCUCCGGCUGUUGACCAGGUGGAGUGCCAUCCUACUUGGCAGCAAUCUAAACUCCAUAGCUUCUGUCAGUCAACUGGUGUUCACCUCUCUGCGUACUCACCACUAGGUUCACCUGGCUCAACAUGGAUGAAUGGUAAUGUCCUCAAAGAACCCGUCGUCGUCUCAAUUGCAGAGAAGCUUGGCAAAACUCCAGCACAAGUGGCGUUGCGCUGGAACAUUCAGAUGGGUCACAGUGUGCUGCCAAAGAGCGUGAGUGAAGAACGGAUAAAGCAGAACCUUGCUGUUUAUGGCUGGUCUAUUCCAGAAGACUUGCUUGCAAAGUUCUCUGAGAUUAAGCAGGCCAGGCUGCUCAUGGGCAACUUCAUCGUCAACAAAGACAGCGUUUACAAGACCCACGAUGAGCUCUGGGACGGCGAAAUCUAGGACAGCUCCCUAGUCCCGUCGUGGUUGGGAGCAGGGCGCCUUGUUAGUGCCAGUUACUUGUUAUGUAUCGUCGACUAUGCGCUUAAGAAAUGUAUGAUUCGGCAUCCCCGUGGGAGGCUGGGAACUCUUCGGUAGACUGUGCAUGGAUUUGCUCCCGUAGGUGAUGGAAUUUCUGCGAAAACCGCGUCGCGUGUUGCUAAUGGAGGCAUGAAUUUAUCAGCUUGUUCCUGUCACUGGGGUUACUUGUUCUGUACUGAUUUUUCGUUUGCUGGUGUAUUUUGUGUUCCUCCAACGAAGUUGCUUCACAUGAUAAUAAAAUUGGGGCCGUUUGUUAA